AUGGCGUACAGUAGCCUGCUAUCACUCGCCGCUGGUGUCGGGAGCCAUCAAUUCUACUUUCACCAUGGAGAGCACCACAUGUACCCGAUACUCUAUCUCCAGCUCUUCACGCUUGCAUGCAUCGCCGGCGUGUUUGCGUUGGUCAACCUUGGCGAUGCCAGCACUUCCGAGGCCAUCUCCACCGUGGGCACCCUCUCCGUCUGCUGGUUGUCGGGCGUAUACGGCAGCCUGUUGACAUAUAGAUUGUUCUUCAAUCCCCUCAACAAGAUUCCAGGUCCCAUCGGAGCGCGUCUGGGGGAGCUCUACUUUACCACCAAGCUCGGCGGUCAAGAUUGCUACUAUCAGCUGCAAAAGAUCCACCAGCAAUACGGCCGCUAUGUGCGAAUCGGAGCCAACACGCUCUCCAUCGCCGACCCGGAUAUCAUGCAGCCUGCGUUCGGCGCGAAUGCCAAGAUCAUCAAAGGUGAUUGGUAUGAUGGCAGCGCUCCGCACCACAGCAUGCACAUGACCAGAGACAAGGGCUUGCACGACCGGCGAAGGCGGGUUUGGGCGCCCGCAUUCAGCGACAAGGCGUUGAGAGAGUAUGAAGUGGUCGUACAAGAGUUCAACGACAAACUCAUCCAACGCAUCGGAGAUUUCAAAGGCGGCGCGGUCAAUGUCACCACCUGGUUCAACCUUUACUCGUUUGAUGUCAUGGGUCGGCUUGCUUUUGGGAAAGACUAUGGCAUGGUGGAAUCGGGAAAGAGACAUUGGGCGCUCGAUCUCCUCAGCGAGGGUAUGGAGAUCAGUGCUUACAAGAUUCCCACGUGGGUGUUUAGAAUACUGAUUUCCGUUCCGGGACUCGCUGCUGGAUAUCACAAAUUCUUGAACUUUUGCUUCACCGAGCUCAAAGAGCGAGUUCAACAUCCGGAAAAGACGGGCGGGAAGGACAUUACCGGGUGGCUUUUGAAAGCAUACGCUGGCGAGAAGCAUCCCGAGAAUGAUCCGCUGUUGCAAGGCGAUGCACAACUCAUCAUUGUGGCGGGAAGUGACACGACUGCCGCAACAUUGACAUAUCUCUUCUAUCACCUCGCCCUCGAUCCGAGUCAACAGACGAAGCUGCGUGAGGAACUCAAGCCACUGACACAUGGCGCAUGGAGCGAUAAGGAUAUUCAGCACGCAGACCACCUCAACGGUGCAAUCAACGAAUCUCUGCGCCUCCAUCCACCAGUUCCUUCGGGUCUCUACCGACAGACGCCGAAAGAAGGCACGCAAGUUGGUGAUGUCUUUAUCCCCGGCGAAGUCGAAUUCUUUGCGCCGUUAUAUGUCAUGGGCAGAGAUGAACAGAUCUACACGGAUGCCAACUCUUUCGUGCCCGAACGCUGGUACUCCAAGCCGGAUAUGAUCAAGCAUCCCGAUGCCUUUGCUCCCUUCUCCAUGGGACCCUUUAACUGCAUCGGCAGAAAUCUUGCUCGCAUGGAACUUCGAACCCUCACAGCACAGCUUCUACUCGCUUAUGAUGUCUCUUUUGCGCCUGGGGAGGAUGGAACUAGACUUUUGACCAAGACCAAAGAUCACUUUACGCUGAGUUUGGGACAGUUGGAUUUGGUGUUUACUCCGGCGAGUUGA